ACUGGAGGUAGCAAAGGCUACGGAUUUAUAGAGUUUGAGUCCGAUGACGUGGCUAAGAUUGUUGCAGACACAAUGAACAACUACCUGUUUUCUGAAAGACUGCUAAAGUGUCAAUUCAUGCCUCCUGAAAGGGUCCAUGAAAAUCUCUUCAUAAACAGUAACAAAAUAUUUCGGAAGCCUUCUCAGCCAGCGGUCAGGCGGUACAAUAGGGUACGUUCGCUUGUUCAGAAGGCAAAGAUGACAAAGCGACUGCUACGAAAGGAGAGACUUUUAAGGAAGAGACUGGCUGAAAAGGGGCUCGAUUAUGACUUCCCAGGAUUUGCUGCACAAGAGCUUUCUAUAAAAAGAAAAAAAGUUAAAACAUCCAAGAAGACAAAACUGAACAUUUCUUUGAGCAGCCAGGAUCCUACUCCAGUCUGUACUCCAACAGUGCUCGAGCGCCGGAAAGCUUCCCAGGCGGAUGGUGAUGCAGAGGACAGUGAAAUAACGCUCAGACUGCCGCCUGCCAGGGUUAAGAAUGCUGUGCAGAGACCAAAGAAGCAGCCAAGAAAAAGAACAAACUUGAAGAAACAGAAGUAG